AUGUUCCCCAUGCGGUCGAUUACUAGCGCCAUCGCCAACAGCCUCGCACUACAGCUUGUAGUGAUUGCUGGUCUCAUUCUUGCUGUUGUGCAGGACACUGAUCAGUCAUACGCUGACACUGCUUCAAAAGCGCCAUCUGGAGCACCUCAAAAUGUUUUCACCACGACUGACCCGGCCGUGCGCGCUCGAAUGAGAAAAUGCCUCGGCAGUUCAUUCACCCAAUCUGCGAUAAGCAACCAGAGUUCCAUCAUCGAGGGCUAUGCGGAACUUCUUAUUUCCCGCUUACGUGACAAGGCUUCGGCCCCAGACGCGGCACACAAAGGGGCAGUGGUGAACAUGGGUGACUGGAUCAGCUUUUUCACCUUUGACGUUAUUGGGGAUCUCGCUCUGGGUGAGACAUUCGGUUGCUUGGAGAAUGGUGAAUACCACUCCUGGGUUCGAACUUUAUUUACCUUCCUAAAGGGAAUGACUUUCGCUGGAGUGGCUAGAAUAUACCCGUGGGUAGGAUCUUUCGUCGAGAGGUUUCUCAUCCCACGGAGUGUAAUGGACCAGCAAAAGCAGCACGUCGAAUUCGUAUCUGAAAAAGUCAACCGCCGUCUUAACCUGGAAACAACCCGCCACGACUUCAUGACGUCGUUCUUGAAAGAUAAUCGCGAUUUUGAAAACAUGUCCAAGGGCGAGAUCGAGUCCAACUUCGCCAUUCUUAUCAUUGCUGGGUCAGACACGACUACUGUUACAAUGUGCGGAACGCUUCAUUAUCUGACGAGAAACACUGACAAGCUGGCGGUAUUGGAGGAUACCAUUCGGAAGCGGUUCCAGAGCGAGAAAGACAUUACUGUUGACGGAACCAAAGAUGUACCGUACUUGGAUGCGGUAAUUGAGGAGGGGCUUCGGCUAUGCCCUGCAAUUCCAGGCCUCCUCCCACGCGUUGUCCCUGCCGGCGGCGAGACUUACUCUGGUCAUUUUCUCCCUGGAGGGACGAAAAUAUCGGUUAGGCCAGCCAUUCUUCAUACGUCAGCUCGAUAUUUUGAAGCACCGCACGAGUUUCAUCCAGAGCGCUGGCUACCCGUAGGUCAACGUCCUAGACAAUUCGCUAAUGACAACCAUGCCGCUAGUAGGCCUUUUAGCUUAGGCCCGACAGGGUGUGCCGGCAAGGCGCUGGCUUGGGCCGAGUUGAGACUGAUCAUUGCUAGACUGGUGUGGGCAUUUGACAUUUCGGUUGACCCGGACCACGCCCUCGAUUGGACCAAGUGGAAAGUUAGAAUAGUAGUCGAGAAGGGCCCUCUGUUUCUUCGACUCAAAGAAAGACCUCUCUGA